AUGACAGAUAACCAGGAACCUAUCCUGGCCAAACGUGGCAAUGUUGAGCAGAAGCCGUUCCUUAAACUCAAGCGCUGGCAGUGGUGGCUUCUAGUAUCAGUUAACAUCGCCUUCCUCAUUCUGGGCCAGUGCGCUGCUGUCCUCCUCGGCAGGUUUUACUAUGACCAAGGCGGGAAUAGCAAAUGGAUGGCAACCCUUGUUCAGACUGCUGCCUUCCCAAUCCUCUACAUCCCCUUCUUCCUACUUCCUUCCUCCAAGGAUGAGUCUCCAUCUUCUUCCUCCUCCUCAUCACCUUCCCUCACAAUUCUCGCCUCCAUCUACCUCGUCCUUGGGGUAGUCAUAGCUGGGGACAACAUGCUGUAUUCAAUCGGCCUACUCUACCUCUCUGCCUCCACCUACUCCUUAAUCUGUGCUUCCCAGUUAGCAUUCAACGCAGUCUUCUCCUACUUCCUCAACUCCCAGAAAUUCACGUCCUUAAUCCUCAACUCUGUAGCCAUGCUCUCAUUCUCUGCUGCCCUCAUAGCGGCAAAUGAGGGCUCCGACGAACCCUCAGCCCAAUCCAAGUGGAAAUACGCAUUGGGUUUCCUCUGCACGUUAGGUGCUUCAGCGCUCUACUCGCUUAUCCUCUCCCUCAUGCAGCUUUCCUUCCAGAAGGUCAUAAGAAAGGAGACAUUUGCCGCCGUGUUGGAGAUGCAGAUCUACACAUCCCUCGUGGCCACGUGCGUUUCAACUGUGGGUCUUUUUGCUAGCGGGGAGUGGAGGACGUUGCAUGGGGAGAUGAUAGGAUAUGGCAAAGGGGGUGCGUCUUAUGUGCAGACGCUGGUUUGGACGGCGGUGGCAUGGCAGGUUUGUUCUGUCGGUGUUGUGGGGCUGAUCUUUGUGGUCUCGUCGCUGUUCUCGAAUGUGAUAAGCACGGUGGCUCUGGCGGUGUCUCCUGUCUCAGCGGUGAUUAUAUUCAGGGACAAGAUGAAUGGCGUGAAGGUGAUUGCGUUGCUGAUGGCGGUUUGGGGGUUUGGCUGCUAUACUCGACAAAACUACAUUGAUGAGUGUGACUUGAGGGAGAAGACUGCGGCUGAGGCUGGUGAUGCUGAAAGGGGGCAUCGUGGCUCUGAGUGCUGA